AUGCCGCGCGUCCUCGCUCUGCUCGCGCUGGUACGCAUGUCGCGCGCCAACCAGCCCGCGCCGCCGCAGCAGGGCGCGCGCGUCGUCGACCGGAGCGGCGUCGUGUGGGAGCCAGCGUGGGACCAGGCCGGCCGCCAGUACUUUGUGGACCGGGCGACGGGCCGCACGAGCUGGCAAAUCGAUGCUGCACAGGGCGCCGCGCCGGCUGCGCGGCCACAGUCCCCCUCGGUCUCGCGCCUCCGGCCGUCGACGCCCCCCCAGCCGCCGGCGCCGCAACAACAACAACAGCAGCAGCAACAGGCGCCCUGGGCCAAGCCCGGCGUCGCGGACCCGCGUGCGGCCGAGGAGGCGCGGGCCGCCGCACUCGCCGCGAACGCGCGCGCCCAACAGGCGGGCGCGCAGCCGCCGCGGACGCCCGCUGAGGCCGCCGCCGCCCAGGCGCAGCAGGCGCAGCAGGCACAGCAGGCGCAGCAGGCGCAACAGGCCGCCGCCCAGGCGCAGACGCCGCCGUGGGCACACCAACCCCAGCCGCAGCACGCGCAGCGCCCGCCCUGGGCCAAGCCCGGCGUCGCCUCGCCCCAAGCAGCGGAAGAAGCUCGGGCCGCCGCGCUCGCGGCGAACGCGGACGCGGUGCAGCAGCAGCAGGCCGCGCAGUACGCCCAGCGGCAGCAGGCGGAGGCGCAGGCCGCGGCGCAGGCGCAGGCGCAGGCGCAGCAGGAGGCCGCCGCGGCGCAGGCCGCCGCUGAGGCGCGGGCGCGCGAGGAGGCCGAGGCCCAGCGCGCCGCGGAGGCCGAGGCCGCCGCCGCUGCCGCCGCCGCCGCCGAGCCGGAAGCGGCCCCCGAGCCCGCUCCGUCGGACGACGUGGACUGGGACGGCGCCGCCGAGGCCGCCGAGACCCCCGCAAAGGAGGAGGAGGCCGUCGAGCCCGCGCCCGCGCCGACCAAGAAGCGCUCCUUACUCGCGCGGCUCCUCGGUAAGAAGAGCAACGACGGCCUCCUCGCGGAAGAAGCAGCACCGAAGCCGUCCUUUUUGCGCUGGGUCUGGCGCAAGAUGUUCUCGCGGGGCGAGAAGAAGCCCGAGGCGCCGGUGGCGCCCGCGCCGAAGAAGCGGGGCUGGUUCGGCCGGCGGCCGAAGCCGGUCGCGGAGGAGGCGGCCGUCGAGGAGGAGGCGCCUCCACCAAAAAAGAAGCGGCGGAGGCAGCAGGACGACGACGGCGCGGCCAAGGCCGCCGCGGAGGCCGAGGCGCUGCGAAUCAAACUCGAGGAGAAGGAGCAGGCACUUCAGGAGCGAGAACGGCAGCUGAAGGAGGAACAGGAGGAACAGAUGCAGGACGCGGCGGCCGAGGUCGACAAUCUGCGGGGUCUGUAUCGGGAGGAGGUCGAUCAACGCACCGCUUUAGAGGAGGCGCUCGAGAAUUUGCGGAGAGACUACGAGGCGAAGCUCAACGCGACGGCGUUUGAUCUGCGGUCCUGGGUGGGGAGAUCUCAAAAGAAGGAGGCGCAAGCUCGAGCGGCGGAGGCCGAGAAGGCGCGCGCGGCGCAGGAGCGCGCGGCCCAACUCGCGGCCGAGGCCGAGGCCGCGCGGGCCGCCGAGGUGCGGUCCGCGGCCGCGCUGCGCGAGGUCGAGACGUCUCUCGUGCAUGCGGACGCCGCGCGGGUAGCCCGUAGGAUCCAGAUGCGGCGGCGGGCCGUGCGGAUCGCGGCGGCCGGCGUGAGCGUUGCGGGCGCGGUCGGCGGCGCGGUGUUCUUUCUGCUGCGGAACGUGUCGAAGGGGGAGUAAUACAUGC